AUGGUUAUUAAUAACGCUCGUCGUGCUUCUUCUACUCAAUCUGAAGUCAUUGGCCUCACUGCUGCCCCUAUUACAUCUCGUGAAGGCUCCGCUGUCAAAGUCUCGGAGGAGAUCCUGUCCAAUGUGCCCCUUGUGGAUGUCAAAAAGGUAGUGAUUGUCGGUUCCGGUGGCCUCAGUAUUGGCCAAGCUGGUGAAUUCGAUUACUCUGGUUCUCAAGCCAUCAAGGCCUUGCGCGAGUCAGGUAUCUACACCAUUCUCGUCAAUCCCAACAUUGCUACCAUCCAAACAUCCCACACGCUUGCUGAUCAAGUCUACUUCUUGCCUGUCACUUGCGAAUAUGUCUCCAGCAUCUUGGAAAAGGAGCGCCCUGACGGUAUCUUGCUUACAUUCGGUGGUCAAACUGCCUUGAACUGUGGUAUUGCAUUGGACCGCUCUGGUAUUUUGAAGAGAUUGAAUAUCAAGGUACUUGGUACUCCUAUUCAAACUUUGAUUACCUCUGAGGAUCGUGAUCUAUUCGUCAAAGCUCUUAAUGAAAUCGACAUUCCUGUGGCCCAAUCUACUGCUGUCGACAGUGUCGAGGAGGCCUUGAAGGCUGCUAACGAGAUUGGCUAUCCCGUCAUUGUCCGUUGUGCCUUUGCAUUGGGUGGUCUCGGCUCUGGUUUCGCCGACAACGAGCAAGAAUUGCGUACACUUGCCACCAAAUCACUGUCGCUCGUACCUCAGCUCUUGGUUGAAAGAUCCAUGAAGGGCUGGAAGGAGGUUGAAUAUGAAGUGAUGCGUGAUUCUGCCAACAACUGUAUCACUGUCUGUAACAUGGAGAACUUUGAUCCCCUCGGUGUCCACACUGGUGAAUCCAUCGUUGUUGCUCCCUCUCAAACUUUGAGCGAUGAAGAAUACCACAUGCUCCGUACUGCUGCCAUCAAGAUCAUUCGUCAUUUGGGUGUCGUUGGUGAAUGUAACGUCCAAUACGCUCUUAAUCCCAGAAGUUUGGAAUACAAGGUCAUUGAAGUCAAUGCUCGUCUGAGCCGUUCUAGUGCUCUUGCCUCCAAGGCCACUGGUUAUCCUCUUGCCUUCAUUGCUGCCAAGAUUGGUCUCGGUCAUACCUUGCCCAGCCUUCAAAAUGCUGUCACCAAGACUACCACUGCUUGUUUCGAGCCUUCCCUUGACUACAUUGUCACCAAGAUUCCUCGUUGGGAUCUCUCCAAGUUCCAAUAUGUCGAUCGCCACAUUGGCUCUGCUAUGAAGUCUGUUGGUGAAGUUAUGGCUGUGGGUCGCACCUUUGAAGAGAGUAUGCAAAAGGCUAUCCGUCAAGUGGACCCCAGCUUCCAAGGCUUUGAUGGUCUCCCUGUCCCCUUUGAAAAUGUCGACGACAUGUUGCGCGAUCCUACUGAUCAACGUUUGUUUGCUUUGGGUCAAGUCAUGUUGAACAAGGAUAAGGCUGUCCGCGACAAGUACACUGUGGAACACCUCAACAAGCUCACCAACAUUGACAAGUGGUUCUUGUUCAAGCUGCAAAAGAUUGCCAACAUCCACUUGAGUCUCGCUGAGCAGGCCAACACCCCUCUCGAGAAGCUGCCUGUUGAACUACUUAGAAGCGCCAAGAAGUCUGGUUUCUCUGAUCUCAAGAUUGCCAAGUUGGUCAAUGCUGAGGAAUUGACUGUUCGUGAGCUUCGUAAGAGCCAUGGCAUUAUCCCCAAUGUGAAGCGUAUUGAUACUGUUGCUGCCGAGUUCCCUGCUCAUACCAACUACUUGUACACUACCUACAAUGCUGCUUCUAACGAUGUUAAUUUUGAGGACAAGGGAACCAUGGUCUUGGGUUCUGGUGUCUACCGUAUCGGCUCUUCUGUCGAGUUCGAUUGGUGUGGUGUUUCCACUACGCGUGCCUUGCGUCAACUGGGCGAGAAGACUGUCAUGGUCAACUACAACCCUGAAACUGUGUCCACUGAUUUCGAUGAAUGUGAUCGUUUGUAUUUCGAGGAGCUCAGUUUUGAGCGUGUGAUGGAUAUUGCUGAAUUGGAGAGUGCAAAGGGUGUUGUCGUCAGUGUUGGUGGCCAACUUCCUCAAAACAUUGCUCUCAAGUUGCACGAAAGCAAGUUGAACAUCUUGGGUACUUCUCCUUUAAUGAUUGACGCUGCUGAAGACCGCUUCCAAUUCUCCAAAAAGCUGGACAAGAUUGGCGUGGAUCAACCUGCCUGGAAGGAGUUGACCAGCGUGGAUGCUGCCUUUGCCUUUGCUGAACAAGUUGGCUACCCUGUUCUUGUACGUCCUUCUUAUGUCCUCUCCGGUGCUGCCAUGAACGUCGCCUACACACCUGAUGCCCUCAAGCACAACUUGACUGAUGCCACCAACGUCUCUCCUCUUCAUCCCGUUGUCAUUACCAAGUUCAUUGAGAAUGCUCAAGAAAUUGAUGUCGACUCCGUUGCCAGCAAGGGUACUCUUCUCGUUCAUGCUGUCUCUGAGCACGUUGAAAAUGCUGGUGUCCACUCGGGUGAUGCUAGUUUGAUCUUGCCUCCUCGCGACCUCUCUCCCCAAACCAUGGCUCGUCUAAAGGAAAUUGCCGAGAAGGUUGCUGAGGCUUUCGAGAUUACUGGCCCCUUCAACAUGCAAAUCAUCAAGCAAGACAUCCCUGGUCAAGCUGAACCUCUCCUCAAGGUCAUUGAAUGUAACUUGCGUGCCUCUCGUUCUUUCCCCUUUGUCUCUAAGGUUCUCGGUGUCAACUUUAUCGAUGUUGCUACCCGUGCUUUGGCUCAAAAGGACGUCCCUGCUCCCGUUGAUCUGAUGCAAAAGGAGUAUGCCUACCAAGCUAUCAAGGUGCCUCAAUUCUCUUGGACUCGUCUUCAAGGUGCUGAUCCUUUCUUGGGCGUUGAAAUGGCCUCUACUGGUGAAGUUGCUUGCUUUGGUAAGGACAAGUACCAAGCUUUCUGGGCUGCUAUCCAAGCUACUCAAAACUUCCGUAUUCCUCAACGUGGUGCUGGUGUCCUCAUUGGUGGUGAUAUCGUUACUGACAAGAAGGACUAUGUUCACAUUGCUCAAACCUUCUACAAGGAGCUCGGUCAUCCCAUCUUUGUGCCUACUGAGCAAGACAAGGUCUUUUUGGAAAAGGAAGCUCAAGUUCCAUCCACUUGCUUGCCUAUUGCCUCGUGUGCCGAGGAUAAGCGUGUCUUGAACAAGCUCUUCAAGGAUAACAACAUUGAUUUCGUCAUCCAUCUUGCAAAGAUUCGUGCUCCUGAUCAAUUAGAUGAAGGUUACGUUUGCCGUCGUGCUGCUGUUGAUUUCGGUAUUCCUUUGCUCAACGAUUCCAAGGUCGCUGCUCUCUUUGCCGACUCUUGCGUUCGCCAUAGAACUGACAAACCUCACACAGUCACUGACAUCCCUGAUGAAGUCAAGUGCUGGAGCGAUUUUGUUGAUGCCAGAAUCUAA